UAAAAAAACUCCAAAGCAACUUCAGGCUGCUCCGAGGAAACACCACCGCGGGAACACCAAGCACCCUCUGUCACAUUCAACCAAAGUCCCAACAAGAAGCGUUAAACUAAGACAUUAAAGAUGCCGGCUACAGAGAAGGACCUGGCCGACGACGCUCCCUGGAAGAAGAUCCAGCAAAACACCUUCACCCGCUGGUGUAACGAGCACCUGAAGUGCGUCAACAAGCGGAUCGCAGACCUGCAGCUGGACCUGGGCGACGGCCUGAGGCUCAUCGCCCUGCUGGAGGUGCUGAGCCAGAAGAAGAUGCACAGAAAGUACCAUUCGAGGCCCAACUUCAGUCAGAUGAAGCUGGAGAACGUGUCGGUGGCUCUGGAGUUCCUGGAAAACGAGAGCAUAAAGCUGGUCUCCAUCGACUCUAAAGCCAUCGUUGAUGGGAACCUGAAGCUGAUCCUGGGUCUGAUCUGGACUCUUAUUCUGCACUACUCCAUCUCCAUGCCAGUCUGGGAGGGUGAAGAUGGAGAUGAGGUCGAGUCAAAGACACCUAAGCAGCGUCUGCUGGGCUGGAUCCAAAACAAAGUCCCUGAUCUGCCAAUCACCAACUUCAGCCAGGACUGGCAGGAUGGCAAGGCACUGGGAGCACUGGUAGACAGCUGUGCACCAGGCCUGUGUCCAGACUGGGAGACCUGGGAUGCAGACAAAAAAGUGGAGAAUGCCACUGAAGCCAUGACGCUGGCUGAUGACUGGCUGGGCAUCCCGCAGGUUAUGGCUCCAGAGGAGAUCAUUAAUCCCAAAGCAGAUGAACAGUCGGUGAUGACCUACCUGUCUCAGUUCCCCAAAGCCAAACUGAAGCCAGGAGCUCCACUCAAACCCAAACUCAACCCCAAGAAGGCCCGAGCAUAUGGACCAGGUAUUGAACCGACAGGGAACAGGGUGCUGCGUCCUGCUGUGUUCACAGUGGACACGUUUAGUGCAGGUCAGGGUCAGGUGACCGUCUACCUGGAUCAUCCGGACGGCACCAGAGAGGAGUUGAAGGUGGAGCCUAAUGAGGGCAAGAAGACGUACAGUGUCACAUAUGUUCCUCAAGUCAUGGGGCCUCACAAGGUGACGGUCUUGUUUGCAGGCCAGCAGAUUCCCAAAAGUCCAUUUGAGGUGAAUGUGGACAAGGCACUGGGCGACGCCUCCAAGGUCACAGUCAAAGGCCCGGGAAUUGAACCUGUGGGCAAAGUCGCCAACAAGCCCACCUACUUUGACAUCUUCACUGCAGGAGCUGGUACAGGAGAUGUGACGGCCAUGAUCAAAGACCCUCAGGGCCGCCAGAACACUGUGGAGGUGAUGAUGGAGGAUAAGGGCGACAGCAUGUAUCGCUGCACCUACAAGCCCACCCAGGCCGGCCCGCACACUGUCAGUGUCCUUUUUGGCGGGGCGGUGAUCCCCAAGAGCCCCUUCAAAGUGGACGUGGGGCCUGCUUGCAUGCCGGGGGCGUGCAGGGCGACGGGUCGCGGUCUCCAGCCGUCAGGAAUGAGGGUGAAACAGGUCGGUGACUUCAAGGUGGACACCAAAAACGCCGGCAGUGGAGACCUGAAGGUGCUCAUCAAAGGACCCAAGGGCAUCGAUGAGCUGGUGAAGCAGAUCUCCAGUAAGGAUGGUGUGUUCUCCUACGAGUAUUAUCCCAACAGUCCUGGCAAAUACACCGUGUCCAUCACCUGGGGGGGUCAGCACAUCCCCAAGAGUCCAUUCGAGGUGACGGUGGGUCGGGAGGCGGGGCCUCAGCAGAUCAGGGCCUGGGGUCCCGGCCUGGAGGGAGGUGUUGUGGGUAAACCUGCCACCUUUGUAGUGGAGUCCAUCGGCACUGAUGUUGGAGUGCUGGGUUUUGCCAUCGAGGGACCCUCUCAGGCUAAAAUCGAGUGCGAGGACCAGAACGACGGAUCAUGUGAUGUCUGUUACUUGCCAACGGAGCCUGGAGAGUAUGCCGUCCAUGUGACCUGCGAUGAAGAGGACAUUGAACACAGCCCUUUCAUGGCUACCAUCGUCCCCAACAACAACGCCAGUGACCCAGAUAAGGUUCAGGCUUACGGGCCUGGUCUUGAGAAGACUGGCUGCCUGGUCAGCCAACCUGCAGAAUUCACUGUCAAUGCUAAGAAUGCUGGGAGCGGACCUCUGAAAAUCAUGGCUCAGGACGCAGAGGGGCUUCCUGUGGACGUGAAGGUGAGGAGUAAAGGUGACGGGAUGUACUCCUGCUCCUACACGCCCAACUCCCCUCUCAAACACACCGUGUCUGUCGCCUGGGGAGGAGUCAGCGUCCCCAACAGCCCCUUCAGGGUGAAUGUUGGUAAAGGCAGCCACCCCAGCAAGGUGAAGGUGUUCGGUCCUGGAGUGGAGAGAACUGGACUGAAGGCCAACGAGCCCACGCACUUCACCGUGGACUGUUCAGGAGCUGGAGACGGUGACGUCAGCGUGGGCAUUAAGUGUGAUGCCAACAUGGUUGGUGACAAAGAGGCCGACGUGGACUUUGACAUUAUCCCCAACGCCAAUGACACAUUCACUGUCAAAUACAUGCCUCCUGCUGCUGGAAGACUCACCGUUAAAGUCCUGUUUACUGACAAGGAAGUUCCACAGAGCCCAUUUCUUGUCAAAGUAGAACCUUCCCACGAUGCAUCAAAGGUCAAAGCAGAGGGUCCAGGACUGGCUUGUACUGGUGUGGAGAGCGGUAAGCCGACUCAUUUCACAGUGUUGACCAAAGGAGCCGGUAAAGCACCGCUGGACGUCACCUUCUCCUCCCCCGUCAAAGACUUUGACAUCAUCGACAACUACGACUACUCCCAGACUGUCAAAUACACACCUGUACAACAGGGGGAGCAGAAGAUCACAGUGAAGUAUGGAGGAGAUCCCAUCGCCAAGAGCCCCUUCACAGUCGGCAUCGCUGCCCCGCUGGAUCUGAGCAAAGUCAACGUGGACAACCUGGAAGGAAGAGCGGAGGUGAAUCAGGAGCAGCAGUUUAUGGUGAAUACAAAAGGUGCAGGAGGCCAAGGUCAACUGGAGGUGGCAGUGCUGAGCCCCAGCCAGCGGGCGGUGAAGUGCAAAGUGGAGCCUCAGCCCGGUAAAGCAGACGUCAGUACAGUCCGUUUCACCCCCACAGAGGAGGGCGUCCACUCUGUCAAUGUCUCCUACGAUGGACACCCCGUCCCUGGGAGCCCGUUCCCUGUGGACGCACAGCUGCCCCCAGACCCAAGCAAGGUGAAGGCGUUCGGUCCAGGUCUGAAGGGAGGUCUGGUGGGAAACCCUGCAGAGUUCACCAUCGACACAAAGGGCGCCGGCACUGGAGGUCUGGGGCUGACGGUCGAAGGGCCGACUGAGGCCAAGAUUGAGUGUUCGGACAAUGGCGACGGGACCUGCUCUGUCUCCUACCUGCCCACUGAGCCCGGAGACUACCUGGUCAACAUCCUAUUUGAGGAGGUCCACAUCCCGGGCUCGCCGUUCAAAGCCGACAUUCAGCUGCCCUUUGACGCCUCUAAGGUGGUGGCAUCAGGGGCGGGCCUGAAAAGAGCAAAGGUUGGAGAGCCCAGUGUGGUGAAUGUGGACUGUUCCCGGGCCGGACCAGGAACACUCAGCCUGGAGGACGCACUCGACUCCCCCCCAAUCAGUCCCAGUGGCGCUGCACCAGGCGUUAAAGCUAAGACGGAGGUGGUGGACAACAAAGAUGGGACCUACACGGUGACCUACAUCCCUCUGACCUCCGGCAUGUACACUCUGCUGUUGAAGUACGGAGGCAAAGUCGUGCCAGGUUUCCCUGCCAAGGUGACGGUGGAUCCUGCUGUCGACACCUCCAAGGUCAAAGUGUUUGGACCCGGAGUGGAUGGAAAAGCUGUUUACAGAGAAGCCACCACAUCAUUCACGGUGGACGCCAGUCCUCUGACACGGCGAGGAGGAGACCACAUAAAGGCGGAGGUCAGGAACCCGUCCGGAGCGCUGACAGACUGUGAGAUCACCGACGCAGGCGACGGGACCUACAACGUCGAGUACACUCCUUUUGAGAACGGCGUCCACAACAUCCACGUUCUAUAUGACAACACACCAGUUCCUAAGAGCCCGUUCAAGGUGUCUGUGUCGGAGGGAUGUGACCCCAGCAGGGUGGUGGCUACUGGCCCCGGGCUCCAACAAGCCCUGACUGACAAACCAAACAACUUCAACAUCAUCACCAGAGGGGCAGGUAUUGGCGGUCUGGGCAUCACGGUGGAGGGUCCAUCAGAGUCAAAGAUGUCUUGCAAAGACAACAAAGAUGGCAGCUGCAGUGUGGAGUACGUUCCCUUCACCCCUGGCAUGUACGAUGUCAAUAUCACCUACGGAGGAGAGCACAUCCCAGGAAGUCCAUUCAAAGUCCCAGUGAAGGACGUGGUGGACUCCACCAAGGUCAAGGUGACUGGUCCCGGUGUGGGGUCAGGGGUCAGAGCCAACAUCCCACAGUCCUUCACUGUGGACUGCAGGAAGGCCGGGGUGGCCCCGCUGGCUGUGGCCGUCACGGCUCCUAAAGGCAUCGCAGAGCCCGUGGAGGUGACGGACAACGGGGACGGGACUCACCUGGUGUCCUACACUCCAUCUAUGGAGGGACCGUACUCUGUGGCCGUCAAGUACGCAGAGGAGGACAUCCCCCGCAGUCCCUUCAAGUUUCGGGUUCUGCCCACUCAUGAUGCCAGUAAAGUGCGAGCCAGCGGCCCCGGGCUGACCAAUGGCGUCCCCGCCAGCUUCCCUGUUGAGUUCAACAUCGAUGCCAAGGACGCCGGCCAGGGCCAACUGAGCGUGCUCAUCACUGACCAGGAUGGUAAACCUAAGCAGCCCAGUAUCCACGACAACGGUGACGGUACAUACCGGGUGUCUUAUAUCCCCGACCGUACAGGCCGGUACACCAUCGUCAUUAAGUACGGCGGUGACGACAUCCCUGCCUCGCCUUACAAGGUCCGCGCCACGGCAACUGGAGACGCCAGCAAAUGCACCGUCACAGGUCCAGGUGUGGGUCCCACUGUGGCUAUUGGCGCGGAGCUGGGCCUGGUGGUGAACGCUAAGGGUGCUGGGAAGGGGAAGGUGAGCUGCGUGGUGGUUCAGCCUGACGGCAGCGAGGUGGAGGCCGAAGUAAUGGAGAACGAGGAUGGCACCUUUGACAUAUUUUACACAGCGCCAGCACCUGGGAACUACGUCAUCUACGUCCGCUUUGGAGGCGAAAACAUCCCACGCAGUCCCUUCAAAGUCAUGGUGACAUCAGAAAACUACAAGCCAAUCAGCAGCAGCGUUAAUGGAAGCGGCUUCAGACCGUUUGACAUGGUGAUACCGUUCUCCUUCAGGAAGGGAGAGGUCACAGGUGAGGUGCACAUGCCUUCAGGUAAAAAAGCUCAGCCGCUGAUCACAGACAACCUGGAUGGGACAGUGACGGUGCAAUACUCACCCACUGAGGCCGGCCUGCACGAGAUGCAUAUCAAAUACAACGGCUCACACAUCCCAGAGUCUCCCCUUCAGUUCUACGUGAACCACGCCAGUAGUCCCAAUGUCACAGCUUAUGGUCCUGGUCUGAGCUAUGGCGUCGCUAACAAGACGGCCAUGUUCACCGUCUGCACAGAUGACGCAUCUGAAGGGGGUCUGGACCUGGCCAUCGAGGGUCCGUCCAAAGCAGAGAUCAGCUGUGUGGACAACAAGGACGGGACGUGCAGCGUCAGCUACCUGCCCACUCUGCCUGGAGACUACAACAUCCUGGUCAAAUACAACGAUGACCACAUCGCCGGCAGCCCGUUCACCGCCAGGAUCACUGAGGACAACCAGCGGCGCUCUCAGGUCAAACUGGGCUCAGCAGCAGAUUUCUCUCUGGACAUCAAUGAGACAGACCUGAGCCUGCUGACCGCCAGCAUCAAGGCACCGUCUGGACGCGAUGAGCCCUGCCUGCUGAAGAGGAUGGCCAACAACCACAUUGGUAUCUCCUUCAUUCCGCGGGAGGUUGGUGAACAUCUGGUCAGCAUCCUUAAGAACGGCCGUCACGUCCCCAACAGUCCCAUCCCCAUCAUGGUCGUCCAGUCUGAGAUUGGUGACGCCAGCCAAGUCAAGGUUCAUGGUGACGGCCUCGUCCAGGGAACUACUUUCAACAACUCCAGCUUUGUGGUCGACACUCGCGAGGCCGGUUAUGGCGGCCUGGCUCUGGCCAUCGAAGGUCCCAGUAAGGUGGACAUCCAGACGGAGGACAUGGAGGACGGAACAUGUGGAGUCACCUACUGUCCUACUGAACCAGGAAACUACAUUGUCUCGAUCCGCUUUGCAGAGGAACAUGUCCCAGGAAGUCCAUUCACGGUGCGGGUGACAGGGGAGGGCCGUAUACGUGAGAGCAUCACACGACGACAGAAGGCGGCAUCUGUUGCCAGCGUGGGGAGUGUCUGUGACCUCAGUGUGAAGAUACCAGCAAUCGACAUGCAGGACGUCACUGCGGAGGUUAUCUCCCCCUCUGGAGAAAAGCAGCCUGCCGAGCUGGUCGCAGCGGGUAACGACACCUACUGUGUGCGCUUUGUACCCACAGAGAUGGGUGUGCACACUGUGAAUGUGAGGUACAGGGGCCUGCAUGUGCCAGGCAGCCCCUUCAAGUUCACUGUGGGGCCUCUCGGAGAGGGCGGGGCCUCCAAGGUGAGAGCAGGAGGUCCAGGACUAGAGGGAGCGCAGGCAGGAGAGCCAGCUGACUUCAGUAUCUGGACGAGGGAGGCGGGGGCCGGCGGUCUCUCUAUCGCCAUGGAGGGACCCAGCAGGGCAGAGAUCUCCUUCGAGGACCGCAAAGACGGAUCUUGCGGUGUCUCUUACAUUGCUCAGGAGCCUGGUGAUUAUGAGAUUUCUGUGAAGUUUAACGACCAGCACAUCCCUGACAGCCCCUACCUUGUUCCUGUUGUUGCUCCAGCGAACGAUGCACGCCGCCUCACUGUUGCCGGCCUUCAGGAGUCUGGUCUGAAGGUGAAUCACCCAGCAUCCUUUGCAGUGUGUACAAACGGAGCACAGGGCAAGCUGGAGGCCAAAGUUCACAGCCCCUCUGGAGCUCUGGAGGAGUGUGUCGUCACUGAGCUGGAAAGAGACAAGUACGCUAUCCGGUUCAUCCCCAGGGAGAAUGGUGUACACAACAUCGACGUCAAGUUUAACGGCUCUCACAUUCCAGGAAGUCCUUUCCAGGUCCGAGUUGGGGAACCAGGACAGACAGGAGAGCCCGGUCUGGUCUCAGCGUAUGGAGCUGGAUUGGAGAGAGGCACAACAGGUAGCCAGUCAGAGUUCAUCAUUAAUAACACUAAGGCGGGCCCCGGCACCCUGGCUGUGACCAUCGAGGGUCCGUCCAAGGUAAAGAUGGACUGCAAGGAGGUUCCAGAGGGCUACAAGGUGCAGUACACUCCCAUGGCACCUGGAAACUAUAUGAUCAGCAUCAAAUAUGGAGGACCGAACCACAUUAAUGGCAGUCCAUUCAAGGCCAAAGUCACAGGUCCUCGGCUGGUGAAUGUGACCAACGCCAGUGAGACGUCAACCCUGACUGUGGAUCCAGCAGUAAGAGCGUCCAGCGGCAGUUUCGUCCAAAGCUCCAUGCCCUGGCUGGGUGACUCUGAUGCCAGCAAGGUGCAGAGCCGAGGCCCCGGCCUCAGUAAGGCCUUUGUGGGCCAGAGGAGCAACUUCUCUGUCGACUGCAGCAAAGCUGGUAAGAACAUGCUCCUGGUGGGUGUGCACGGUCCUCAGGUCCCCUGUGAGGAGGUUCUGGUCAAACACUUGGGCAAUCUGCAGUACAACGUCAGCUACAUGCUGAGGGAGCGGGGCAACUACAUCCUGGUGGUUAAGUGGGGCGAUGACCACAUCCCGGGCUCCCCCUUCCACGUCACCGUCCCAUGAGACACCAAGAAACCUGCCGUCAUUCCUACUGCACCAUUUUGCAUCCCUGUUAGAGAUGGACACAUAAGUUACACUGUAAAUGAUUGUCCAGUAAAUAAGUUGCAUCUAAAAGUUCUGUGUGUACAUUUUGCUUUCAGAUGUGUUCAGUUUAAAUCACGAGUAAAAAGGAUUUUCAGCCCUGAGAGAAUUGAUUAAUUUGUUUUUCGAUUUGCCAAACUGCCCUUAAAAAGGGGGAAAAAAAGUUUCAGAAAAUUAUAACACUAACAAAAAAACUGAAAUUUUUAAGGGAAGAGAAAAUGAACACUUCCAUGAAUGGAGACUCUGUACUCUGUUAGUUGGACACACUUUCUGCAGUGAAUCAGGGACGCAAAAUAGUAAAAGAUACCAUAAUCUGACCUAAAACUGGAGCUGUAAAGAAAACAGGCAGAAUUAAUUUGAUUGGGAAAGAGGGAUCUCAGUUGAUUUUUGCUGCCCUGGAAUUGCCAAUUGACAAAUUUUGCACUUGACGAUAGUUUUUAUACUUGACCAGUAAAUUAAUGAUUGCUUGACAUUUAGUUGGUGAGAAUGUCACAACACAACAGCUCAGUGUACCUGCGUCUCUGUUUCCAAAACUAGAUUUGGACUGAGGCACCUAUCCAUACUGAGUGUAUAACUUACAGUAGAUGGUGGUCAGCACGCCCCCAGUUUGAAGAAGCACGUAGGAGUACCACCACGGAAGCUCAGCAAAACAUAUUUUUGCCACCUACAAAAAAAAGUCAGUUUAAGUGUAUGCUAUAUUUACAGUGUUUUCAUUGCUUUACCUUAACGUUAGACAGCCCUUUCGAACGAGGAACUGAAACCGUUACAUCGCUCUCUUCAAAGCCACCAGACUCCUUUGACCAAAACAGUACUUUUACCUCUCAGAACACAGAAGCUGCUGAUCUACUGCCGCCUUGAUUGGUAGUUUGUUUUUGUUACUGUGUGACUUCUGUAUUUUAAAGGGUUAGUUUGGAUUCACAAAAGUCACACAGUAACACAAAAAAGUGUAACCAAUCACAAAAGUGGUAGACCAACAGCUCCUGUGUUCUGUGAGUUAAAGUAUUUUUGUCAAUGGGGUCUGGUGGCUUUGAAAAGAGGAGAGUUAAAGGUUUUAGUUACUCAUCAGAAAGGGCUGUCGGAAGGAAAGGUAAAGCGGCGACAAUAUUCUCAAUAUAGCAUACACUUGGACAGAUAUUGAAUAUUUUUUUAGGUGGCAUCCAUGGCAAUACAUUGCUAAGCCUCCAUUGUGGCACUCCUGCCUGCAUCUCCAAACUGGGGUCAGACAUCUACAGUAGGUAAUACACUGACUAUGGAUAAGUACGUCAUAGAACCACACUUCAGAAAAUCAGAACUAUCCCUUUAACAUCUCAAUUGAAAGAAGAAAACUGGAACUCUUUGUUUGGUUAAAUUGGCAGUAUGAGGUUUCUUCAAAGUGUGGAUGGGCCGCACUCGCUCCGACAGGAAGUGUCAAACUGUUCGUGACUACUGAUGUUUAUUGUUGAUUUCUACAUUCUAGAAUCCCUUGAGUACUAAAUGUUGCCAUAACGAAUCAAUGUCUGUUAAAGCUGCCUUCCCACUACUGUUCCCUGCACUGUACAACAGACUACUUAAUUAUGUGCUAGAGGUUUGGGUUCAUUGCUGUUUCUGUUAUUCCUUCAGCUGUAUUUUUUUCACACGAACAGAUCUGACUUAACUUUGUGGCUCAGUUCUGAUGUACUUCACGUCUGCUUGAACAGAGUAGAAAUGAGAGUCUUGUAGAUGCUGGAUGACGAGGGUUCAGAUUUGAUAUUGAUAUUAAUCAAAGUCUAUCAUCCUCAGCACCUCUCUACCAGUGUAUGUGUUUGACUGUACUUUGAAAAGUCUUUCACUGCAUUAAUACUACAAUAUUACGAUUAAAAAUCAGAUCUGUCUUUACGUCUUACCUGGAUGUUGUUGCCUAAUCACUGCUUCUUUUGAUACUUAAGGGAGGAGAGGAUUUUUGUAUGGGGGGAAAAAACUUCUCAUUUUGUAUUAGGGAAUGGGUGUUUUCAUGUGAAACUAAACCCUGAGACGAUGUACAUUUGAUAAUUAAACUUAACUGGAAUUAAGAA